UUAUACAAUUUUACUGAUAUUAAUGCUAUAAAUACAUUUUAUUCUUCACUUAUACGUAUAUUAAACGAUUUUAUUACUUCCCUAGAGGAGACUUACCUUUUGUUGCGUGGUUGACGGUUGAUAAUCGGUUUAAACGAAAAUCCAUUAAUUUUAAAUUCGAUAUAUGAACAGAUGAAUCCAAGUUUAUGAAUAAUGGUGUUAUUAAUGAACAAAAUAACAUGUACUGGGACGAUCAAAAUCCACAUUUGACAUUUAAAACCAAUAAUCAAACUGUUGGGGGAAUUAACAUUUGAUGUAGUUUAAUUGGUAGUAGAUAGCUCAUUUUUUUAUAAUGGAACACUCAAUGGUAGACGAUAUUAUAAUUUUUUAUUAAACGAAUUACCGAUGAUGCUUGAUAAAAUUCCUUUAGCUCUAUAAGGGAAAAUAUUAUUUUUCAACAUGUCGGUGCUCCAGCACACAAUGCUCACAUAGUAAUUCACGACUACUUAAAUUCACUAUUUCCAAAUGGAUGGCUAGGAACUUACGGACCCGUUGAAUGGCCACCACGAUCACCUAUCUACCUAACCUUGGCCACUAGAUUUUUUUUAUGGAGUCACUUAAAAACAAUAGUGUAUACCGAGUACCGAUACUCCUAUAAAUCUUCAAAAUUUAAAAGAUAAAAUAACAGCAGCAUGCAACCAACUGACUGAUGACCAACUUACAGCUGCAAUAAAUAAAGACUUUAUGCGGCGCGCUGAAUCAUGUUUUGUUCACGGCGGACAACAAUUUGAACAAUUCAUACGUUAAUGAAUUUGUUAUUAAUUAUUAAUACAUCCUAAUAGAUCCAUUAAAUGUAAUGAAACAAACAACAUACUUUUUUACGUUGCGUGGGCGCUAAACUUGAUUUGUUCCCUUCUUCUUUUUAGAGAAUUUUUAGUCUUACACCUAAUAUUCCAAAAAAUAAUUAAAAAAAAAAAAGUAUUUUCUACUUUGCCAUAUAAUAUGAUGUUGGUGAAUCAAUCGAGACAGAUUUAUGUGAACGUUGUGGAACUAUACAACAAGGUGAAAUUGAAAGCACUCGGAGAAGAGGAACGUAAAUGAAAAAAUAAGAAAUAAGAGAGGCCGUCUCUCUAUCUUGUAACGUUUUUUUUAAAUGAAGAGUAAUUGAACAUUUGAACUGUAUGCAGAGUAAAAAAAAAUGUAACCAGGUAUGGUAUGAUAUAGAGAGUAGCAGCAGUAAAAAGGGACGGUACAGAGUAAUUUGCAAAAUGGUCACAGUAACUGAGAAUCCCCUUUGAUUAACCAAUUUUUUUAUUUUUGACAUAAUAGGUAUAACUAUAUAGUUAUAUUAUAACGUGUGUGUAAUGAAAAGUAAUGUUUUACUUGGUUUUGCCAACUGAAAACAUGGCGGCCCGGCCGUUCAAUCAGCUGUAGCGAUGGUGGCUUCAUAGUUUGCAAUGGUUAUCAUAUAAAGUACCUUAUCUAAAUAGAAGUGUGUGAUAAAAUAUUUCCAACAAGCAAAGUUUAAAUUAUAAUAAAUUGUAAAUAUUUAGUUAUAAAAUAAGUUAUAAGUUAAUAAGUAAUUAAGUUCAAUACAUAAGUAUUGAUAACAAUUUAACUUUCAAGUCACUUUUUUCUUUAUCAAUUGUUAUAUUGUUACAUUUAUAAGUUUAUAAUGUUUGUGAUGCGGUAUUGGCGUACUAGUAUGUUUGGAAAUAGCUUAUUAAGAACAGUACGCCAGAAUAUUCACCAUUCUGGAGUUAACCAAUUAUCAGAACCCUCGUGUCUACAGAAAGACAAUAUCAGGUAUAAUAAAUUCAAGGGCCAUCCGUAUGUAACUUAUGAUGGAGUCAAAUGUUGGAAUUGUCAAACGAUAUUAGACAUCAGACCAUGUCUGUUUUGUAAAAAUUGUUCAAUAAUUCAGUCACCCGAAGACCAGAAUUUGAAUUAUUUUGAGCUAUUUAACAUCAAUGUUCAGUAUGAUAUUGACACUGUACAGUUGACAACAAAUUUUAGAAAACUACAAAACCUUAUGCAUCCAGACCGAUUUUCCAAUAAAACUGAAGAAGAACGAUUACUAUCAGAAUCAUUUUCUUCUCUAUUAAAUAAAUCUUAUACAACUCUAUUGAAUCCACUUCUAAGAGGCCUUUAUAUGUUACACCUUGGUGGUUUGAGUAUUGAUGAAGAUUCUAUAACAAUGGAUACCACUUUUUUAUAUGAAAUAAUGGAUUGGAAUGAAAAAGUCGAAGAAGUUAAUACGAAAGAAUCUCUUGCAAGUUUGAAGAAAGAUAUUGAUGAUAUGUUGGUCGACUUAUACACGGAAUUAUCAAAAGCUUUCAGUGAAAAUGACAAAAAUCAAGCAAAAUUAUUGUUAUCAAAAGCCAAGUUCUUUUCAACGUUGCUGGAAAAAAUCAAAGAUAAAGAUGUAUUAUAGUAAAAAAUAUUCAGUAUAUUUAUGCUAAAAAUUUGUUUCAAAAAUAUUGAAAUUAGAAAAUUUCACACAUUAAUAUAAUAAUAUUAUACAUAUAUUGUUAAAUAUUUAGUUGAAAAAAAAUUACAUUAAACGUUUUUAAAAUA